AUUGAAAACCAUUUCCUCUUCCUGGUUGUACAUUCACCUCGGAGUCCUGAGAUACACACAUUCAGCAGAUUUCAACACUUUGUUAAAUUCAGAGAUUGUUCUUACCCAGAGUGUUAUGAUGAACAGGAGUAUACCAGAGGAGGAUGAUGAGUCUAUGUAUCACGUUAUGGGUCGACGACACUCCAGACACAAUUCCGAGCUCAGCUUCAGAGGGGCUGAAGGAGGGUCAAGUCCAUCUCCCAGUGAUAUUCCCCAGCCUCAGCUUCCAUACCUUAUAAGUGAUGAUACUGGACAUGCAACCAGCAUUUCAGAAAUAUUGGACAGAGAAUCCAUAGAUGGACCACGAACGCUAAGGUCAUUUCCCACUCCUGAAGAGCAAAUGCAUCAAGAUCCACGACUCCAGCAGUUUGGACCAUGUAUCCGCUUUCCAAUGCAACACCCACUUGUGUGCCAACCACAGCUGCAACCAAACUGGUGUGCCUGUUGCCAAAGACCUCAAGUAGGCAUGCCACCUUUUGGUCCCCCUCCAGAACUGGGAACAGGAUUUAAAACAAGUAACUUACCAUCAGAUCAACGGCGAGUUUUCAUAACAUAUUCGUUGGAUGCUGCAGCCCUAGUUAUACAGCUUGCAAAUCUUCUCUGCGCUAAUGGAUUCAAGGCGACAAUUGACAUUUUUGAAGGAUCACUCCGGGGGAUGGACAUCAUUAGGUGGAUGGAACGUUAUCUUAGUGAUAUAGGUGUCAUGAUAAUCAUUGCGAUAAGCCCACAGUACAAGAAAGAUGUAGAAGAGGAUUUUGGUCAGGGGAGAGAUGACCAUGGUCUACACACACGGUACAUUCACAGAAUGAUGCAGAUGGAAUUCAUUAAACAAGGAAGCAUGAACUUUAGGUUCAUCCCUGUUCUUUUUCCAAAUGCAACAAAGGAACAUGUACCUAACUGGCUUAGAAACACCCACAUUUUCCGUUGGCCAGAAGAUACAGGGAGGCUGUUUCUUCGCUUGCUUCGGGAGGAAGAAUAUAUUAGUGCCCCUGUUGGAGAAUUGCCAAUGCUGCAAGUGAGAAACUAUCAGCUAGGAAGCAGAUCCAGGACUUAAAUGUUUUAUGUGACAAUCAUUCUAUGAAGUUCUACUGGAAACCACAGGGUUUGGGAGUCCCUAUAUAUACAAUAGUACACUGGCAGUUAGUGUUCAAGAAAAUUACACUUAUGCCGCGUACACACGGUUGGAAUUUCCGAUGGAAAAAGUCAGACAGAAUUUUUUCAUUGGAUAUUCCGACCGUGUGUAUGCCCCAUCGGAAAUUCCGUUUGUCUGUAUAGAAUUCUGACGGUGAAAUAAACUUGCAUGCUCGGAAACAA